CAGCAAUAUUUUAUUUUGAAGGUAGAUUUACUCCGUGUUUUCCGGUGUGGUUCAUUUGACGGCUAGGUGAUUUAACCUUAGCUUGUGUAACUUAAUGGCCGCCGCACAUGUUACUUAUUCUUGUCGGUGAGAAAGAGACCCAUAAAUGGCAGCCUGUGUACGGUGUUGCUUGAGGGCAAGACUGCGCUACCUACCAGGUUUGAGAAAGGGUUUUGCUCAUUCUGCUAAUGACAAACUUGACAAUGAGAUGUUGGAUGAGCAGGACAGGAUGGCAGAGGACUCACAGUUACUGGAUGCUUCUUUUCACGGAGGCUACAAACUCCAUUACAAGCCAUCCUCUUAUCAUAGCUCUGUGGGCAAACCUGCUCUCUCCUCCCGUCAAAGCGUUAAAGCCACUCCCGCUUCUUCCGUCUGGCAACGGAGCAAUCGCUACAGAGAGAAGUCCUCCCGGCAUCUCUCCAGCUCAAAAAAAACGCUGCUCAACUGUGCGUUCAACAAAGGCUAUGAACUGAAAAAUACGCAGCCUCCGCAUCACACAACACCCGUGCUACCUGAUGUUAAAGUUGAUACACGCGCCUUCAUCAAAUGUCGACCAGAGUAUUCAACCAUCACCCUUGACCUCACCCAGCGGCCUCCUCCUAUCAAUUGGGAACAUGUCGUGCAUAUCCUCCAGAGAGUGUCGGACGUCGAGGGCAGCAUGAAACCAUCGGACGUGUCUCGUUUUAUUGUGGAUCUCAGCCACGUUCACACGGACAAUGUGUCAUUAGUGAAAAGCGAGCAAGGCUUUCUCACGCUGCUUCGCUACAUGGUGGAGAAUCUUCAGCUCUUUUCUCUCACUGAGCUCUUCGACGUGCUGCGCUCGUUUGUGUGGUUGGAAAUGCCUCAUGGCCACACAGUCCUCCAGCUGUUUGAGGACGAGCUCAUUCGCCGAGCAGAUGAGAUGAGGUUUGACCAGUUGCUGCUCGCUGCAGACUUGUGGCGCUGCAUCGGGAGGAAAGUGCCCCAGUUCUUAAAACACCUUUAUGGCUUGGUCCAUUUGGAUCUAGGACAAGUGGAGGUCCCUGAGUUGGUCCAACUGCUUUACAUCAUCGGAGAGGGGAGGUACUGCCCAAAAGUCCUGGUCCAGCCCAUAGAGCAGCUACUCAUGCGCCAAUUACACCAUUUACAGCCAGAGGAGGUUGGCACGUUAUGCUUGGCGCUCUUCAAAUCCCAAACGUCUCUCUCUGAGGCCGCCUCGAUUCGUCUUUUUGACAAAGCGCACUCUCACGUUGAGGACAUGAGUGACUUUGCUAUUGUCAACGUGCUCAAAUACCUGCGUUUCGCCUACUUUCUUCACAGGGCGUGGAUGGAGGCCAUGACGUAUGAGGUGCCACGCCGGGCAGGCCGGAUGGGUGUCUCUGGGCUGAUGCACGUGGCACUGACUUGUUCGUCACUGCAUUACCGUAACGAUCGCAUUCUUGCUGCAGUCGCUGAGGAAAUUCCAUCAUUGGUGCCACAUUGCCGGAGUAAAGACUCGUGCAAGCUGUUGUGGUCUUUUGGCUCCUUAGGGCUCCUCCCAGUACAAAGCCCAAACUUGUACCCGAGUCUGACAGGGGCCCUCAGGAUAAGGAAGGCUGAAUUCCAACGAUACCCAGAGCAUCUGCUCACUGGUCUUCUCGGCUUGGCCUUUGUCUCGCUGUUUCCAGAGGAUCUAAUCGCGUUAGCCUUGAGCCCUGACUUUGUCAACAUAGCACUAAAGUCAACAAAGCUGGACCUCAGAAAAGACUUGUUCAGCUUAGAUGGAGUUGUGGCCCUGGAGCUGCCACACUGGACCGGUCCUCGACUGAGCCGUGAAUUUAGGCAAGAGGUGGCAGAAAAGUUGUGGAAUGAUGUUCUACCUGAAAUAAGCCAGAAACCGGAGGUGAAGUGUGCCGAAACCACAUUGCAGGAGUUGCUAGGAGGAGAGGAGUUUGUCUGUAAGCGAAUGAUACUCCCCCACAUGCGGUCAAUCGACUUUGAAGUGCACCUCGAUCCAUCUGGUAAGCCCAUACCUGUCAGCACAGAAUACCAAACUGCCACAAUAUCUCCCCAAAACUACUCCUCUAAAAGUGCUUCAAACCAUAGUUGGGAGAGAAUAAAUAGUGUUGGUGUGACAGAUGAACUAAUAGCGCUGCUUGCAAAUUCUAGAAACGCCCCAAUUCCUACAAUCCCCCCUUCUGAAGUUACCACUCUUUCCAUAGUGGAGCCCGAUGAAAGUGAAAAAUUGUUCAAUACUGGGCUGAACCCGACAGCCACCAUCACAGAGAUGCUCACCAAACCAAACAUCCAAAAAUCUUCCCUUCAGGACUCCGUCGUUAAACUUGCCAUCCAGGUGCCCAGCAGGAACAACUACUGCUACAAUUCAAAGCAGCUGCUGGGCCUUCACGCCAUGAAGAUGAGGCAGCUGAAGCUGGCAGGAUAUAGAGUUGUCGAGCUUUGCUACCACGAGUGGAGUCCCUUGUUAAGGAAAAGUAUGAGUAAGAAGAUGGAAUACCUUCACUUUAAGGUCUUCAACACCCUGGAUAGUUGACCAGGGAUUUUAAAUUAAAAUACUUUGCUACCUUGUUUGGCAGAGUUUUGUUGAUAAGUAUGUGCUAAGCACAGCAAAAAUGUAUUCUAUUUACAUUUUUUGUUGCUUAUACAUCCAAAUAAAAAGUAUAACAUAUGAUGCUAAAAAAAAGUA